UAUCUUUAACCGAGUCGGCGUGGGUUGUACCAGAUGUAACGCCAACCUCCUUCUGCUUGCCUAAUCCUCUUAUCACUGAACAGGCGACUAAAAUGGAUACUGUCAACCAGUUGGUCGCCAAUGGGCAGUUCACCGUCGUCAAACAGCCUUUAGGGUUCAUAAAAAUUCUACAAUGGUUUUUUGCCAUCUUUGCAUUCUCCACCUGUGGCUCUUACUCUGGAGUCUUCCGCCUAAGUGUGGAGUGCAAGAACCGCUCGGAGAGUGACCUCAACAUCGAGGUGGAGUUCUCCUACCCAUUCAGGCUCCACCAGGUGUGGUUUGAUGCUCCGACGUGCAAAGACUCAGAGCCGGAGCGGCUCUUCCUUGAGGGUGACAGCUCAUCUUCUGCCGAGUUCUUCGUCACUGUCGGAGUCUUCUCCUUCCUCUACUCCAUGGCUGCCCUGUCCAUCUACAUCUUCUUCCUGGAGAAGUACCGUGAGGGCAACCGUGGCGCACAGGCGGAUUUUGUUGUGACUGCUGUUUUCACCUUCUUUUGGUUGGUGAGUUCUUCGGCAUGGGCCAAGGGCCUCUCAGACGUGAAAGAGUCCACCGACCCCGACGAAGUGAUCGAACUCAUCUCAGCCUGUGAACACGAGGAGAACCACUGCCGAGAAGUCCACGAAGCCGUUAUGUCUGGCCUAAACACGUCUGUGGCGUUUGGGUUCUGCAACCUGGUGCUCUGGGGAGGGAACCUCUGGUUCGUUUUCAAGGAGACUGGAUGGCUGAGCCUCUUCGCUGGCACCUACGCGCCCUCAGCAGAGAAGCAGCCAGCGCCAGAGUCCUACGACCAGGGCUAUGGGCAGGACCCUUAUGCUGGCUCCCAGGGUGGGUACCAGCCUGACUAUGGUCAACAAGGAGGGUACGACGGAAGCUUGGGCCAGGGAGGCUAUGAUCAGGGUGGGCCUACUUCUUUCACCAAUGAGAUGUGAGCUUGUACACACAGCAUGACAGAUCUGUACAGAUCAUAGAAGAGGGCAGUUAUGUGACCGAGAAUUGUGGAGCCUGACUAAUACCCAUGAUUCUGCGGUUCUAAGUUUGCUUGUGUGAACAGUGAGUGUACAGCCUGAGGGAGGGAGGAGAAGUCUACAUGCAGGGGUUUGGGACAGGGUAGUUAAUGUUAUAUCCAAAAUGAAAAAUGUUUUGCACUUAGGAGGAACAAAGGCCCUCAUUAAAAUAUGCUCUCUACUUCUUUUUAAAUGAUCUGCUGAAAACUCCAGGGAGAUGCUUGUUAUUAUAAAAACUUGAACAUGCUACCAAAAAACUUAUUUAGAAUUAGACCAUUUUGAAUGAAUGAUAGUAAUAUUAAACAUGGAGGAAUGUGUUUGUUUGUGCUGUGUAAAUAUUUCAUAAAACAUAUAUUUAAGUAGCUCCAUAUCGUGAAUAAAUGAUUUAUUGAAUUGUAAUUAUAGUAUUAUAUAUAAUCAAGGUUAUAAUCAGUCUGUUUCCAAAUUGAGAACAGAAGAAUUCAUCUGUGCUGACUGCUUUGUUGCUCAGUAGUACAUUCUGCUUGUAUUUUCUUACAUUGUUUUUAUUUAUUUUCUCUCUCAUGUUUAUCACUAAAUACUUAAUUCUUCAAACCAUAGCAAAUAGGUUAAGUUUGUAAUUCCAAUAUCAUCUGGUUAGAUGUUACUUAUUCACUUAUUUAUUUUCAUUUUAUUUGGAAAAAAUCCUGAAAUGAAGGAAAGAUGAAAGUCAAAAAUUAUGGACAACAUGUGCAUUUUGAAAGUCGAAAUGGAAGAGAAAGUCCAGACAGCAAGGGGAGAAAAAGAGUAAAACCGGAUAAAGUUUUAUCCAGCCGAGCAACAUCAUAGCAUCCAAGCGGAUUCAAGCUGUUAACGGGACUAGCUGUCCUUAACAAUUAUACACACACUCUUAAGCAGUAUGUUUUGUUUACAUUUGAUUAAGUAACAUGCCACAUUUGACUUUAUAGCCACAGUGGUUCUUAAUCAUUUCAUUUUAAUUUAAUUCAGCUUCACUGUCAUUCAAUACACUUAUAACAAUACACAUAUUAAUAUUAAAGUGUUGGAAGUGACAAAUGUGCACGCGCACACGCAUGCACGCACACACGCACACACAAAAGCCCAGCCUCCAGCAAGGUUUGGUAUGACAACUGUAUUGAGGACCUGAUCUGUCACAUAUGCACCAAUACAGAGGUUCAUAUAUAUAUAUAUAUAUAUAUA